AUGGGCGGCAUGACCAACUGGAACGAUGUCGAGACCAGGCAGCGUGUCGUGGCGAGCAUAGUUGCCACGGGCGUGAAGAUCAAUCUCAGCGAGGCAGCCAAGUACUACGGCACCACCUAUAAUACCUUCGAAAACAAGUUCCGUCAUAUCAAGAAGCAAGCCAACGAGCUCAAAGCUGCUGCUGAUAAUGGCGAGACCGGCGAUGUACCUACGCCUACUCGUACCAAGUCUGUGCCUUCAACACCACGCAAGCCGAAGACUCCGAGGAAGGAUCCUUUGAGCUCCGUCAGCAAUGGUCGAGUCACCAAACCUUCGCCUAGCAAGAACAACGUCAAGAAGGAGCCCAAUGACAGUCUGUCCUCCUCGUUCUUGCAAGGUCUUGAAGAGUUGCCCAUCGGUUCUUUCGAUGAGUCUAGCUUCGACAUCGAGCACGCUAGCUUCGAUUUCGAGGGUAUGGAGGAUUUUCAGUAG